AUGGGCAGCACUCACCCUUGCCCCUGGCUGCGGCUCCGACCUCGGCCCCAGCCGCGGCCCGCGCUCUGCGCUCUCUUCUUCCUACUGCUGCUGGCUGCCUCCGUGCCCAGGUCUGCACCCAACGAUAUCCUGGGCCUCCGCCUCCCCCAAGAGCCUGUGCUCAACGCCAACACGGUGUGCCUGACAUUGCCAGGCCUGAGCAAGCGGCAGAUGGAGGUGUGUGUGCGCCACCCUGACGUGGCUGCUUCAGCCAUCCAGGGCAUCCAGAUUGCCAUCCAUGAGUGCCAGCACCAGUUCCGGGAUCAGCGCUGGAAUUGCUCUAGUCUCGAGACUCGAAACAAGAUCCCUUAUGAGAGUCCUAUCUUCAGCAGAGGUUUCCGAGAGAGUGCAUUCGCCUACGCCAUCUCGGCAGCCGGCGUGGUGCACGCGGUAUCCAAUGCCUGCGCCCUGGGCAAACUGAGGGCCUGCGGCUGCGACGCGUCCCGGCGCGGCGACGAGGAGGCCUUCCGUCGGAAGUUGCACCGCCUGCAGCUGGAAGCGCUGCAGCGCGGCAAGGGCCUGAGCCACGGAGUUCCCGAGCACCCUGCCCUGCCCCCUGCCAGCCCUGGCCUGCAGGACUCCUGGGAGUGGGGCGGCUGCAGCCCUGACGUGGGUUUUGGAGAGCGCUUCUCUAAAGACUUUCUGGACUCCCGGGAACCUCACAGAGACAUCCACGCGCGCAUGAGGCUCCACAACAACCGAGUAGGAAGACAGGCGGUGAUGGAGAACAUGCGGCGGAAGUGCAAGUGCCACGGCACGUCAGGCAGCUGCCAGCUCAAGACUUGCUGGCAGGUGACGCCCGAGUUCCGCGCGGUGGGGGCGCUGCUGCGCAGCCGCUUCCACCGCGCCACGCUCAUCCGCCCGCACAACCGCAACAGCGGACAGCUGGAGCCCGGUCCCGCGGGGGCACCUUCGCCCGCCCCGGGCCUUCCGGGGCCACGGCGCCGCGCCAGCCCCGCCGACCUGGUCUACUUCGAGAAGUCGCCUGACUUCUGCGAGCGGGAGCCGCGCCUGGACUCGGCGGGCACCGUGGGCCGCCUGUGCAACAAGAGCAGCGCGGGCCCCGACGGCUGCGGCAGCAUGUGCUGCGGCCGCGGCCACAACAUCCUUCGGCAGACACGCAGUGAGCGCUGUCACUGCCGCUUCCACUGGUGCUGCUUCGUGGUCUGUGAGGAGUGCCGCAUCACUGAGUGGGUCAGUGUCUGCAAGUGA